UCGCAUUUAAAACACGUGUUACUGCUCUUCGGCUGUGUGCGGUUUGGCCACUCCGGAGGAAGAGACACCGAUGGGGGAUUCAUCGGGGGAGACACCAACACACGAGACAAAAAGAAGACGUUCUUUGUGGGAGAGACAUAAGGGCAGAAAGCUUCUCGGGGCUUCUUCCUUUUGCACGGACAAACCAGAGCGGAUCUGGAGACUUGGCAAAAAGGAAAUUCAAAGUACAGCAUUAAAUUUCUUUUCAAGGGGUGGGAAUAUAAAGAUUUGAUCCAGAUUCUUCAGCUGAAGAUCUCAGAGGCCUUCAAUCCGUUUUGACAUAACAGCAGCUUCUGACUAGUCGCCGCGUUAUUUAACUCAACACCUCUGGUCCUGCGUCAAAGCUUCUGGAGUAAGAGGUGCAUGUUUUAAAGACCUCUUUAACCUGCACCAUUUGGCUCGUGGCCGUCUGGGUUGCUGUGACCGAUAACGUCUGGCUUAGAAACACACACUCGCACGCACACUCUUUACUGUGCAGCUGGAAGAUCAAGGGUUUGUGUUGCACAUACCUGCACCGAGAGAACUCUGAGUGAGUGUGUGUGCGUGUGUGUGUGUGUGUGUGUGGUCUGAGCUGGGCUGGGAAACGGAGUCGGAGAGGCAGCUGGGAGGCUCGUUCAUUCUGCUGAGGGCUUCUCAGAGACGGCGUUCAGAGCCGGGUGAUAGCGAUGAAGAUGAAGCGGACUCUGGGCAGAAUCUCCUGCUUGGUGACUCUGGUGGUGGAGCUGAGCUGGAUCAACGUGAGCCACGCCAUGCACAGGGGGGGAGGAAGCAGGGUGAUGAAGCAGUGGGAGAGGAAGGUGCGAUCAGCCUCCAGCCUGGACGAGCUGCUCAGGCUUGCGGACUUUCCCGACUGGAAGCUGUGGAGGUGUCGCCUGAGACUGCAGCAGCCUGAGACGCUGUCUUCUCCGCCCUCAGUGGGCUCGCACCGCUCCACGCGCUACGCCGCCGAGUCUUACAGCCUGGAGAUACUUAAAGCCAUAGAUGAAGAGUGGCAGCGGACCCAGUGCAUGCCGAGGGAAACGUGCGUGGACGUGGCCAAGGAGCUGGGCACCGACCCCUCGAUGUUCUUCAAGCCGCCCUGUGUGUCCGUCCACAGAUGUGGAGGAUGCUGCAAUCAAGAAGGGGUCACCUGCAGAAACACAACUACUGUGUAUGUGAAUAAAACCGUCCUCAGCGUGAUUCCACUUAAGUUUGUACCAGAGCCCGUGCUAUUAAGAGUAGCUAACCACACCGAGUGCAGGUGCAUGGAGCCCGCCAUAAUACGACGCAAUGCUCAGCCUCACAGGGGCAGUGGCUGCUCGCCGAUGGGUCAGCUGACGGAGACGGAGGACUCCCGGAGACUUUGUGCCAGUGGUUUGAUUUGGGAUUGUUCAGCAGACAGAUGCAUUCCUUACCCUUCCAGUUCACCAGAGUUCCCGCUGAGCACAUGGAUGCCCGACUGUGAGAUAGACACCGAGCACUGUGACUGUCUCCCUCCACCUGCACCGACCCUGCAGCCAAGACCGAUCCAACGCUGUCAACUCAACUCCUCCAUCUGUGCCCACAGGCAACAACUCUUCCAUCAAGCCUCCUGCAGAUGCAAAUCGGCCGAUUAGAAGUCCACUGGGGGAAUACAUUACGACAACCUGCUCGCCAAGGAUGUUGGGAAGCAGAGAGAAAAGGCUUUUAAUUUAUUUACAGUCCUAUUUAUGGCAACCUCUUUAACUAAUUUUGAUGAUAUUAACUCACAAGACCAUGUUAAUUGAUUUUUUUUUAACAUGCUUACCUUACGUUUUAAUCCACAUGUAAAGUUAAUGAUUUGUACAUUUGUUCUUUGUGUACUGAAUAUGUAGUUUACAUUAAACAAUUAUUUCUA